CCACCAGAGGAAGGCGUGAGGAAGGUUCUGGAAGUUACUGGCCUGUCGGUGGAUGUCGCAAGUACAUCUAGCCAAUCACACAACGCCACGUGUCAGGCCAGCCAAGUGCCGCUCCUCUCCGCUGUGUCCCUCACUUCUCGCAUCGCCAUCACCCCGCCCUGUGUUGCUCUUGCCGUGCCCCAGCGCGCCUGCCUCUCCCUGCGCCUGCUGCCCCUCGCCCUCUCCGCCUCGCCCUCCCACCUCGCUGCUCUGCUCAGCGCCGCACACUCAUGCCGGCACGCAUGGGGGAGAGGCGCUGGGGCACAGGGAGUAGGGGGGGCGGAGGGAGCGGGGGAAGCAGUUGGAGGGGGCGUGGAAGAGAAGGGGAGUGGAACGGAGGAGGGAGGCGGGCAUGGCAAGGGCAGAGGUGACAGCGGGGAUGCGAUGGGUGGGACAAGAGAAGCAGCUGAGAAGCUUCUGGUAUCAGCAAGUGAGGAGGGAGAAAAGGCAGCAAAGGAGAGGGCGGGUGGAAUGAUGGAUGGGCUGCAGCAAGAAGGGCAGCAGGGGGGGCAGCAGGGGGGGCAGCAGGGGGGGCAGCAGGGGGGCCAGCAGGGGGGCCAGCAGAAGCGGGGAUUGUUUCACAGCAUGGGGCGCGCGAUUGGGUGGGUGCAGCAGCUGUUUGAGGAUGAAGAGGACGAUGAGGCGAGCAGCGGCGGCGCUGCCGUGGCAGCCACGGGGCAAAGUGCGUUGUCAGUGCGAGCUGCUGCUGCUGCUGCAGCAGCGGGUGGUGGCUUGGAGAGUGAGGAGAUCUGGGAGUGGGCCACGGGGUACGAGGCGGGUGUGCACUUUGACUUGGCAGCCACUGAUUGGUCCGUGGCUGCGCUGCUAGAGGGCGCUGAGCUGUCUCUUGUGAGCAGUGCGGGCGACGGCAUGGAUGGCAGUGGUGGCGCAUCCGUGUGCUGUGAGGGCCAUGCCGCCGGCCUCACUGCACACGAAUGCCACGGAGCACCUGCACCUCCAAGCCUUGACCUGGGCCUUGCCGGCCCAGCCUGCUAUCCGAAGCUGGAGUGCAGGCUCGGGGCCGUGCUGGUGGAGGCGGAGGGGCGGGGCCGGGCGGUGCAGGCAGCGAGUGUGAAGGUGGGGCCCGUGGCAGUGGCUGUGGCAGUUUCAGGGAGCAGCGCUUCAGGUGUCUCUUCAGGUGCCGAUACACAUGUUCCUUCUGGUGGCUCGGAUCCCGCAGCAGUAAUACCGUCUUCUCUCCGUCCUCUUCUCCGCCUGCACACGCGGCAGCAGGCAGGCGAGGCAGGGGCAACAGCAGUGGGGGGCCGAGGGGAGGGCGCGGUGGGGUCGUAUGGGAGCCUGCAGGCGCCGCUGCUGCACUCCCUCGCCCCCCUGGGUGCCGUGCUGCCCGCACACACAGCAGCAGGGGGAGAGCAACACACGGGUGCUCGCGGGGCGCGAAGACAAGGGGCAGCAGGGGGGAGUGCGAGUCGGGGAGGGAAGGAAGAUGAGGAGGGGGAGAGUGUGGGGGAGUGUGAGGAGGGGUGGAGUGUGGAGGGAGUGUGGUGGCGUGGGGUGCGAGUGGCAGAGGCGUUUGAAUCCUCGCAGGCUGCUGGGCCGUUGGGGCUCACUGCUGACGUCAGCCUCUCGCUACACGUGGGACUCGUGGCAGUCUCCUAUCGGCCGGGCAUGGCCAGCACUGUGCUGCGGUGGUGGCAGGACGUGCAGGCAUGCCGUGGUGGUGGAGGUGGGGAAGUGGGAGGGGCUGUGAGAGGGGACGGGUGGCUUACACAAGAGGAGCCCAGAGCCCCACUGCCUCUCGCCCCCACUCCCUCGUCCCCAGGCAGCGGUGGUGGAUGGUUGGGGUGGGUGGCGCGGGUGAGCAGCGCCGAGGUGGGAGGGGACGGGGUGACUGUGCGCAUGGCUGGCAGCAGUAGCGGGGGAAGCUGCGGCUUGGAGCAGAAGCUGCAGAGGGGGGCAGAGGGUGAGGGUGAGGGCGAGGGUGUGAGUGUGAGCACGGGGCGAGUGGCGGUGUGGAAGAGGCCAGCGAGAUGGGUGGGGGACGAUGGCAGGGCGUGUGAGGGAAGCAGGGCGCGGGUGACAGUGACGCUACAGGCACACAUGCACUCUCUGGACAACGCCCAGAGUCUGGAUUCUCCCCGCCUGUCCUCCCCUCACCUUGCCUUGUCUGGCAUCCCCCCCAUUCCUGACCUCCCUGCGCGCCCCUCUGCCAUCCGCCCAUGGCAGCUGUGCCCCGCCACGCUGCUCCACCCGGCCUCUCUCCGCGUCGACUGCACGUGGUCCACUGCUGCUGCUGCUGCCGCUUCGUCACCUCAAGCACCAGCCGCGCCACAACGGCUGGCAGCAGCAGCACCGCCAGCUGGAUCAUUUGUGCGGCCUGAAUUGGCUGCUGGUGGAACGCGUAGCAGUGGGGGUGGGGAAGGGAUUGAGGGCGGGUUUGCUGUGAUGGGGGAGGGGGGCAUGAAGCAUGGGGCGAGGGGGGGAAGCGAGGGUACGGUGGAAGCCAGCCUGGAUGCCGUCUCUCUGCAUGUCUCCCGCCCACAGGCCGCCUCUCUGCUGGCCAUGGCUGCUGCUGCGCUCAGAGAUGUGAGCUGCAGUGCACGUGGCGUUGGUGCCGCCACGGCAUCAGUAGCAGAACCACCAGGCAGCACGGCAGGGUCAACUGCAACAGCACAGGCUGCAGCAGCCGGGCCAGCAGCCAUGCCAGCAAGCAAGCUGCGGGGCGUGGCUAAGCACGCACGCGUCCUGGAGGCAGCAGCUGAGGUGAUGUCAAUGUGGAGCCACAUGCCAUCCUUAUCCUCAUCACCACCAGCAGCGCCACAGCCCUCAACUGACUCCCCGUGGUGCUGGCAGCACAUGCAGCAGCAGGUGGGGGCGUUCUGCCAUGUGCGGGCGUGCAGUGUGGUGCUGGCAGGGGGAUGGCGCAGCGGCCGCUCUCAGCCCGCCAGCCCAACACUGCGAGAGGCGUGGCUGCAGCAGGCGGUGCUGCGAGGGCAGGCGCAUGGAGGGCACACGUGGGUGAAGCUGUCCGUUGAGUCUCUAUCGGUGGAGGCACUGCAUGCACUCAGGUGUGUGUGGAGGCACUGCAUGCACUCAGGUGUGUGUGUGUGUGCUGCCAUCACACGACCUCUAAAUCUCCUCCGCUGUGUCCACUGUGUGUUGGUCCGCCACUCCGAUGUCACCACCUACACUGUACCCGGUGCUUCUCAUUCUAUUUGCGUCUCUCCCAUCCCCCACCCAUCCCUCACAUCCCCACCCGCUCCGCCCUGCCGCGCUCCGCCCAGCCUCUCCCUUCAGCCGUCACCCCCCGCCUCAGCAGCCCUAUCGGCGUCCUUCCACUCAUCCAUCGGCACACGCCCCCCCAUGCGCCCUGCCAUGUUGCCACCCUCCACUCAAGCCGCUGCGGCGCAGCACGCCCACCCAGGCACCAGCGCUGCUGCAAGUGGUGCUGACGUCACGCUGCACUUGGGUGACGUCAUGCUGGUGGUGUGGGCGGAUCCUCUUGUGCACUUACACGGGCUAAUAGCUGCUGGCAGUGUGGUGAGAGCCCAGGAGAUAGAGGUGGAGAGCGGUGGAGACAGGUGGGAUGGAGAAGGCAGAGGAGCAGGGGCGAGUGGGGAGAGGGGAGCAGACAGAAGAGGUGGAGGGGGAGAGGAGGGAGGAGGGAAGGGAAAGCUGGCAGGUGGGGGAAUGGGGGCAGUAGCACAGAUCAUGUGUGGGGUGGGAUGGGUGCAGGCAGUGGUGCAGCGGGGCAGUGUGAGCAUUGUGGCAGGCCCCUUGAGGGGCGCCAGGGGCCACAGCAGUGGCAGCGCACACAAUGGGGGGGGUUGCAGUGGGGGUGAAGGGGGAGGUGUUGGGGCGAGGGGAAAGGGCGUAGAGGGGCAUGGUGUGUGGGUGGCAGUGGGGCGGGCAGGCAUGAGAGGGCUGUCACUAUGUGUGAUUGUGAAUGAGGGGCGGGGUGGGAGCGGUGCACGGGAGGCGGAGGCACAGAGGGGUGAGCAGGGUGGGGAAGAGCCCCCUGUGGUGUGCGUGCAGCGCGUGUGGGUGGACCUGGGCACGGCGUGCCUGCCCUGCUCGCCUGCCCCCACGCACCUUGCCACGCUAGAGGAGAGCCACGGCGCUGCAGGGAGCACACAGACGGACACGUGGCUGCGUGCGAUUGGCUCAGAAACCGUGGCUUCGCUGGUGCAGGUGGAGGGAGUGACGGUGGGGGGUUUGGGAAAGGCAGGGCCGUGCGAGCAGGUGGAGCGGGUGGGCGUCACUGUCUCGCGCCACCAGGUCGACACCCUGCUGCUGCUGCGCCGCCACCUCACCACCGCCCUGCUGCCUCUGCUGCGCCCACCUGCCACCACUGCUGCUGUCACCCAGCAAGGCAGGCAGGGCAGGCAGGGCAGCACAGAGAGGGGCAGCAGCAGCAGCAGCAGCAGCAGCAGGUGCGUCAACGGUGCCAGCGGUGCAGUGACACGUGUCAGCAUGCGAGUGGUGGAGUGCACAGCAGCCGUGCCCCUAUGGGCGGCAGCCAGCCCCCCGGCAGUCAGCAGCGCCUUCCACGGCGCCCACUCGGCCCACCGUGCCUCCUCGCACCUCCACGCCACCAUCUCCCACUGCUGUCUCUCUGCCGCCAUAGCCCCCCUCCUGCCGUCCACAGGCAAUGCGCGCCCUGGUUGUUCCUCUGGUGCAGCAGCAGCACCGCCGGUGGUGCAUGGCAGCGUGGGGCGAGUGGCAGUGGAGGCGGUGAGGCAGGGCAGGCGCCAGGCAGGAGCACCCGGGGCCACGGGGCUUGCACCCGCAGGGGCGGCUGAGCAGCGCUUCACUCUGCUCGCCCUGCCGCACGCUGCCCUCUCACCGUCUUCCUCACGCGCCCCUCACCACCGUGCCCACACUCCUCCUCCUCACUACUCCCCUGCAGCAGCACACCCGCCUGGCAUGCCACCCCACCAGCACUCAGAGCCCAGCUGCCCUGCUCACCCUGCCACCCCCCCUGCUGCUGCUGCAGGCGCCCCUGCAGGCAUGACGUGGAGAGUGGUGGAGGAGGAGAGGCCCUUUCUGCCACACCUUUGUCUUUCACCGCGCGCAUCCGAUCUGAUUCUCAAUGCCUGCGUGCGUGCCGCACUCCCUCUGCACCAGUCACCAUUGUUCGCCCUUCAUUCUGCUCCCUGUUCUCACCUCCACCUCCACCACACCUGCCACCGCCCGCAGGUCAUCGCCACGCUGUACGACGUCCUCCCGCGCCUGCGCGCCCCCCCGCCACCACCACAGCAACUGUCUGCGCGGCACACAGGGAGAGACGCUGCUGCCUGCUCUGCCACCCACCAUCCGGCAUGCAUGCCCAACGAACACGGCUCACGCACACCACAGAAGCAGGCAGCCCCUAGGAAGGGAGAGGGCAGUGCCGCACCACCCAAAGGGUCUCUACCAGUGUCCCGGCUGUGGGGCGUGAAGGUGGCGAGUGGAGGCGCCCUCAUCUCGCUGCUCUCAGCCUUGGAAGCCUUCCAAGCAUCCCAAGGCUGUGAAGGGUCACCCACCCCUGACACUGACACUCCCCGCGCUCACAAGCCGUGCCCAUCCUCCCCACCGCCCGCCUGUGUGUCGUCCCCCUCAGCGCUGUCCCGCCUGCCGCGCCUCUCCAUCUCCUCCCACUUGGUCGCUCACGAUGACUCCGAACCCCACCCACCGUGGCAGGGGGGCGCGCAACAGCACGGCGCGCAGCAGCCGGGCGAGCAGCAGGGGGAGCAGAAGGAGAGGGAGGGUGUGGCAGGGGGAGCAGGCGUGUCAGUGGAGUUGGAGAGCUGCACGCUCACUCUCUCCCUCGUGCCCUCACUGCAUGACAUCCGCCGGUUCGCAGGCACCCACGAUGCCUCUUGCCCGGGCCGCAUCAUCCUCCCCCACACACCACCCACCACCCACUCCUCCUCACACCCCCCUUCGCACCGCCCCCCGCCGCCCUUCCUCAUCCCCACCAUCGAGCUCCAGUCGGCCCACACGGCCAUGCGCCUGCGCAGCACGGACCUCCUCUCCAGCCCCACGCUGCUCUCACACGCCCACUCCACCGCACUGCACCUCACAGCCCUGGGCACCCCCUUGCCCCUGCGCCUCACCAUACACACGGACUUCGUGUCGCCCCGCCUCUGCCCCAAGGUGCUGCUGCCGCUCAUCCGCCUCGCCAGGUCCCUGCGGGAUGCGUGGGCGGCAGCGAGGUCCGUGCGGGUGGCGCAUGAGGUGCAGGCGAGCAUCGAGGUGCAGGGUGCGCCGAGUGACGACCUGCGCAGUGGGGCGUUUGAGUGCAGCAGGGGGGAGGGGAGGGUGCAAGGGGGGGUGGCGGGGUGGGAGGAGGUGGGGGCGGGGCAGGUGGCGUGGGGGGAGGGCGUGGCCAGCAGAGACAGGCCGCUCAGCAACAGCUGCUUUGGGGGAGGCUGGAUUGCAUGGCGGUAUGUUCAGGGCAUGGCAUGUGCCAGGCAUGGCAUGUGCCGGGCAUGGCAUGUGCCGGGCAUGGCAUGUGCGUGGCAUGGCAUGUGCGUGGCAUGGCAUGUGCGUGGCAUGGCAUGUGCGUGGCAUGGCAUGUGCGUGGCAUGGCAUGUGCGUGGCAUGGCAUGUGCGUGGCAUGGCAUGUGCGUGGCAUGGCAUGUGCGUGGCAUGGCAUGUGCGUGGCAUGGCAUGUGCGUGGCAUGGCAUGUGCGUGGCAUGGCAUGUGCGUGGCAUGGCAUGUGCGUGGCAUGGCGGUUCAUGGGGGCAGGCAUGAGCAAGAACUACCCCUACCCGCGUGCAGUGCACCAACUGGUCAUCACGGCACCUCUCCUUGCCGGUCCCCUCGCCUGGCGGCUGCCCCCCGUGGCGCUGCGCCUCGCCCGCUUCCACCCCGCCCACCGCACCUUCCACGACGCCCUGCCCCCCGUGCUCUGCCCGCCCUCCCCCUCGCCCUGCGCUCUGCAUGCUGCCCACGCCACCUGCCCCGCGUGCCCCGCGUGCCGCCCCAUCGUGCUGGAGCUGGAGCAGGAGGGGGAGGGCGAGGGCGAGGCGGAGCUGUGGCUGCUCUCGUGGUUCGUGCCGCUCAACCCCGCUGACGUCAUGCACCCCUCCGCACCCGCAUGUCACCACCCCGCUCACGCUGCCAUGCAUGCACCCACCCGACCCGCAGCUGAUGCCGCCUCCUCUGUGCCUUUGUGUGCCCCCUCUGCCUCCCUCACCGGAGCAAUCUCUCUGCUCUCCACCGUGUACGGCUCGCCCGCUGCUGCCACCAUCACUGCCGCCGCCACUGCUGCUGCCGCCUCAGCCCACGCCCCUGCCACGCAGGGCAUGCCGCGCGCCUUCCCCGCCCUGCCCGCGGGCCCCAUGCUAAACGCCCCUCUGGACACCCACGUGCUGCCCGCCUCGCUGCUGCUCGCCCGUCUGCUCAUCAACCCCACCAGCGCCGGCCCGCACACACGCCCACGCCUGCCCUCACCGCCCCUCGUGCCAUUCCUGCGUAUUGGGUUGGGCGGGCGGCUGGUGGUGGUGCGCGUGGUGGAGGAUGUGGAUGCAGGCGAGGGGCAGAUGAGGGAGGCGGUGGUGGUGGGCGGGGAGGGCGUGCGGGUGUGCGUGCACAUGUGGAGCACGCGCAUGUGGGCAGUGCAUGCUGCUGCCACCGUGUGCGCCGAUGCCGUUGAUGCCAGCGACCUCUCUCAGCUGCCAGUGCUGGAGCCGCUCCCCCUGCGCGCCUCACUCAACGUGCUGUGGAAGCCCUUCUGGUCGCCCGCGCUGCUCUCCCGCCACCACCGCCACCCCCCCCGCUCCUCCCUCUUCUCCCCUCCCCACCCCGCCUCACUCCUUCGCCAGCCCUCCUCUCCCCCUCACGCCCACUCCUCCCACUCUUCCCACUCCUCCCCCUCCCCGCCCUCCUCGCCCCGUGCCCCGUGUGGGCCGCGCGACCCCUUGGACGUGCACGCGCCACCGUGCUCGCUGGGCAUGGCGGUGGCCGUGCAGGCGGGGGGGCAUGCAUGGGACAGCUCAAGGGCGGGUGGGCGAGGCCAGGCUGGACGCGGUGGCAGGGGCUCCAACACAGGCGGCAGUGGCAGCAACGGGGGUAGCAGUGGCAGCAAGGGGGGUAGUAGUGGGGGUGGGGGCGAGGGGGGCGAGGAGCAUGGGGCGACGGUGCAUGUGAGGGCGGCGUCCCUGAGAGCGCUGCAGCGCCUGCUGCUCGCAUGGACGGGGCAAGGGAGCCAGACAGGCACCGGGCAGGGCGAGGUGGGCGGAGGUGAGAGGGGGUUGGGGGAAGCAGAGAAGAGGAGAGAGAAAAGGGGUGAGGUUGAGCAGGAGGAGAUGAAGGGAGAUGGGAGAGUGCAAGAGAGUGAGGAGAAGGGGUUGGCUUUGGGGACGAGUGAGGUGGAUGGGGGUGGUGCAGCAGAGGCGGGUGAAGGGGCGGCGGAGGAAAGCCCAAGAGGAAUGCCAUCACAGGCGCCGUCCUCUCCCCCGCUCCUCGCAUCCCCAUCCCCCCCUCUGUUCGGGUACACUGUGGAGAACAGAUGCCCCGUGUUGCUCCACCUGGGCCAGCACGCCACACAAGAGGCCAUCCCCCUGCCGCCCAGCUGCUCACUAGGCUACAGCUGGUGCCGCCCACCCUCGCUUGUGCCGGGCGCCGUGUGCCAGCUGCGUGCGCGCGUCAGCCAAUGGGAGCGAAAGGGGCGGGGAGAUGGAAUUGAGGGGCAGGGAGAUGGGGCACAAGGGGCAGAGAGGAGUGAUGAAAAGUGUGUGGGGGGAGGGAAAGAAGGAAAAGGGUGGGAGGGGGUGAGCAUUGGAGGCGAUAGAUGGAGUGCGCAGCAUGCAUGUGGAGCAGCUGAAAAGGAUGACAUGGCACGUGGUGAUUGGUCGGCGCCAUUUGAGGUGGACACAGGGGGGCGGCACUCGUUCCUGCUCGCUGUUCCUGUGCUCCCAGACCGCCGCCUCACUGCCUCCAUUUUAGUCACCAUCACUCCCAAUCAUGGCUGCUUGGCGCACGUGCUCUUCACACCGAAUGUGCUUAUAUUGAAUCAGACGGGCCAGGGAGUGGCAGUGGAGAUGCAGGGCCCCGUGCUGCCAGUGGGGGGCAGCAGCAGCAGAGGGGAGGGCGAAGCAUGCAGAUUGCAGUUGGAGGGGCGUAGAAAGGGUGGCAGGGGGCAUGUGAGGCACGUGUUGGUGGCAGAGAGGAGGCGCGGUGGCAGGGGGGGCAUGGGAGGGGAUGAGCCGGUGAAUGGGGGCAAGGAGUCAGAGGGCGUGGAGGUGAGGGGAGCCAAGGGAGGGGAGACGGAGGCAGCAGAGGAGAGGGAGGAGUCGUUGCCUCGGAGGGGCACGGGCGCUGGCAGGGCAGCUGUGGUGGUGCGUGUGUGGCUGGCAAGGGAGGCACGCUGGUCCGCCCCCCUUGCUGUUGCGCCCGGCUGCCUUGGCCUGCCCUCUGCGAGCCACCCAGGGAAGGGGCUGGGGGGGACAAGGGGCAGGAAAGGAGGGGGAGAUAUGGCGGCAGCAGAGUGUGAAAGAGCGGUAGCAGUGGUGGAUGGCAGUGAUGGUUGCUCGCUCACCUUCCUGCUCACCGCUGAUGCCUGUGUUCCCGUCUCAGGCCCGCCCUUCCCCCCGCCGCCACACGGGCGAGAGAGUGUGUGGGUGCGCCUCAUGCUGCCCUCCUCCAUCCUCCCCCUCCCAGCUCCCCCUUCCUCCUCCUCACUCCCCACCGCGCCCCCCAGCAGUGCGCCUGACCCCUUGCGCCUCUGGCAGGGUCCCCUGUGUGUGGAGCUCUGGCCUGCCGCCCUCCUCUGCAACGCCCUGCCGCUGCCCCUGCGCGCACGCCUUCUGCUUCUGCAGGGCGCGUCCACCACGAAAUGUAGCGAGGACGGACACGAGAGGUUGAAGGAAGGGAACUGUCAAGAGGAGCAGCAGCAGGAGCAGCAGCAGGAGCGGGACAGAGGGGCGGCGGAGGUGGCAGUGGGGACGGCAGAGGAGGUGGGUGUGGGCGGUGGCAUGUGGGGAGAGUGUGCUUUGGAGCUCGCACUGCCGUGCACUCCCCCCACCACUGCUGCAGCACACACGCCAACCAGCCAUGGCACCAGUGGCACCUGGACUGCUGCUGCCUCGCUCCACCCGCCCGCACAUCCCUGUGCUGAAGCCUCCCUGUGGAGCGCGCCCCUUGCGCUCUCCCUUGCUGCCCCCGACCAGCAAGCACCCACUGUCUCUGCCACCUGCCGGGGUGACAUCACUGACUGGUCUGCAGGCAAUGCUGAUGUGUCGCGGUGGGAUUCGCCGAUUCCAGCUGUAGGGAAGCGGCAUGCCAUGUGGCUUCCACAGGCGGAUAGCGAGGUGAGCAUCCACCAGUUGCUGCUUCUCACCGCACUGCACUGCAUUGCACCGCACCGCACAGCAUCGUUAGCACCAUCACACACGCGUCUUCCGCUGGGAUCAGUAAGCCGUUUUGUGUUUCUCUCAUUCCGUCUCUUCUCUCUUUCCCGUGCGCGGUCCCCUGCCCCUCUGUCAAAGCAGAGUCUCCUCUGUGUGCUGGCAGCAUCACACUAUCGCCCCUCUCACCACCCAUGUGCUCACGCUGCUGCCGCCGCUGCCCUGCCAGGCGAUGCGCCCCUGCCACCGCCCGUGCCAGCGCUGCUGCUCUCAGUGCACCCCGUGGCAGUGCUGCACAACCACCUGCCCUUCCCCCUCGCCCUCGCCCUGCACGACGCCCCCUGCCCCAACCUCGUCAUCCCGCCCUCCCACUCCCGCCCCUUCGCCUGGCCCUGUCUCUCCCACGCCCUCCUCUCCCCCUCCCUCUCCUCUACGCCAACUGCAUUCUCCCCUGGUUCCUCUGCUGCCGCCUCCUCUCGUUCCACCCCCACUACUGCAUCUGGCCCGGGUGCCAACCCUAGGAGGCAGGCUCGGGGGUGGUCAGUGCGGCUUGGGGUGCCUGGAGGGUUGGAGGCAUCCAUGGGUAGCGGUGGGGGGAUGGGGGGCGGAGGUGGGGGGGAGGGGGAACCACGAGGAUGGGCGUGGUCGUCUACCGUGCUGGUGCGGGGGGAGGGGGACGCAGAGGGGGGGAGGUCAGGGGGUGGGGGCAACAGUGAGCGGGUGUCCAUCGUGACGCUCAGCUCUCACGGCCCCUCGCACCUGCACUGCCUGCUCUCCGUCUCCCACGUCCCCCUCCCAUCAUCCCAUCCGCCUUGUGCUCCCACCCCCACGUCUCCCUCUCAGCCUGUCUGCCCUCUCCCCUCACACACCACGCACCUCUCUGUGCUGCCCGCCGCCCUGCUCUCCAACCUCACGCCCUUCCCCCUCCACUUCCUCCUAGAUGAUCCCCCCCCUGCCCCUCCCCAUCCCCUGCGCCCAUCCUCGCUGCACCACACCCCUCCCGCCCUGCCUGCCUCCGCUGGUCUGUGUCCCCCCGGUGCUACUUGCCUGCCCCUCACGCUCUUCCCCUGGCGACCCCUCCUCUCCUCCUCGCCCUCUCUGCCUGACUCCUCUGCCUCCAGCAGCAGCAGCAGCAGCAGUGGCAGCAGUGAGAGUGACAGUGAGAGGGACGGAGAGGGAAGCGAUGGUGACAUUGGUGGUGGUGGUGUUGCAUCGAAGCAGCGGCAGAAGCAGAAGCAGAGUAGGAGGAGGGGGAAGGCAGGAGGCGAAGGGGUAAGAGGAGGUGGCGGGGAGGACGGGUGGGAUAGGCGGCUGGCAGCGCUGGGAGGAGUGCGCCUGGGCAUGGUGGCACGUGCAUGUGCUGCUGAGGCAAGAGAGCAAGGGGGAGCAGCAGCAGCAGCAGUAGCAGUGUGUGGCAGUGAGCAGCGCUACCAGCACAACCAGCACCUACAUGACGAAUCUUCUCUGCCUGCUCGCCCCUCCCAUUCAUGCCCCCUGCUCUGGUCGCCGCCCGUGCCUCUCUCCCGCUUCGCAGUCGCGCAGCGCCUGCUCCUCCCCGACCCCUCUGGCACCUGCCAUGCCGCCCUCCUCACCGCCUCCCUCCUGCCCUCCGCCGGCCAAUCAGAGGGCGCCACGUGGCAGCCGCACCUAGUGGUGCACGUGGAUGCACAGCCGCCGUGGCGCAUUGAGAACGAGACAGGUGUGUGUGUGGACGUGAGGGGGGCGGCCGAUGAGGCAGACGCCUUUGUAGCGCGAGUGGGGGCGGGGCGGUCACUUGCCUUCCAUGCUGCCGCCCUGCCUCUCCCCAUCCCCUCUUCCUCUGCUGCCUCUGCUGCUACUGCCGCUGCCGACAGUGGCGGUGCUGCGGAUGCAAGGCGCAAUGAUGCGAGUGGCAGUGGGGGCAGCGAGGGAGGGCGUGAGGGGAGGGAGUGGAUGCAGGCGGGGGUGGUGGGGGGAAUGGCCAUCAAGAAGCGCAAGUGGCAUGGCCGCUCACAGCACCACCGCAAGCACACACAUGCUCAUACGCGUCCACUGAUACCCGGUGCAUUGAACCUGGACGAGGAGACGGACGAUGCCCUCAUGGCCCACAUUCAGCGCAUCUCAGGCGAUGGGCCCAUAACACAAAAGAGCACAGGCGGGCGAGCAGCAACAGGGGGCAUCUGUGUGCGGGCAGAGGGGGCGCAGGAGUGGAGCGAGCCCAUCUCAGUGGGGCGAGGGCGGGGGGAAAGGGAGGGCGAGGGCGAGGGGGAGCUGCUGCUGCACGUGCCGUGUGGCGGCAGCAGCGGGGCGGUGGAGGGCGGGGGGAACUGGCUGCUGCUGCACGUGUGUGUGUGGAGGGAGGGCGCCACCGCUGUGUGCCGCAUUGCUCAUGCCGCCUCUCGCCCUUCCAGCCCCUUCGCUCUGUCCCUGCCUGCCCGCCCCAUGCCCCCUGCCAUGGCGCCUCUGCCCCCUGCCAUGGCGCCUCUGCCCCCUGCUGCUCUGCAUGUGGGUCUGCAGCGAGAGCUCAGUGGCGCCAAGGACAUGCGGCAUGACUCACCGCAGCAGCUGCAGCAGGGUGCGUUUGCUCCCAGCCACUUGCAAGCUGCACACCCCACUUCACGAACAUAUUCCCCAUCUCGCCCAUUCCACUCGCCCUCCUCCCCACCUUCCCUUGCAUCCCCCAAUUCCCCCGCCUCCCCGUCCACCCCUCUCACCCCCCCCACGCCCCACCCCACCACCUACCUCCUCCUGCGCUCGCACACACUCUCCCUCGCCCUGCCUUCACUCCACCUCGUCCUCUGGGACGACCUGCGCCGCCCUCCCUCCUCGCCCCACCUGCCUGGGAACAAGACAAACGAUGCCAGUCCGAGAGACAAUGAUGAGAGUGACAAUAAUGAGAGUGACAGUAAUGCGAGUGACAGUCUGUUCCGUGAUGCGUCAGCCAUCUGCCUCGUGUCCCUCUCCUCCCUGCACGCCUCGCUCUCCCUCCUCCCGCCUCGCUCCCUCUCGCUGCUCGGUAUUGGGGCUCACAGCGGAGCACCAAGUCACAGCAUGCCACGUGGCAUGCACACACAUCCUUUACCACCAGCGCCAGCAGCGGUGGGCAUGGUGUAUGCGGUGCAGUGCGGUGUGGGGUCGGUGCAGGUGCACAACCUGUUGCCUGGCGCGCUCCUCCCUCUCCUCCUCAACAUCCGCCCUUCCUCUCCCACCACUGGCUCAGCUGCUGGUGGGAAGGGUGAGGCGGGACGUACAGGGAACAAGGAGGGAGGAGGGGGUAGACAAGUGGAAGGCGAAGGAGAGGAGCACAAGGCAGCAGCAGGGCAUAGAAAUGAGAGGGGGGAGGAAGGGCAGGCAGCAGUGCAGGUGGAAAUCGUGUUGUCACAGCACCCGUCGCAGCGUUUGACAGGCGGGUGGAGUAUGGGCGAUGAGAGGGUGCAGAGCAACCAGGGAGUGGAGCGGGUGUGCUACGUGAUGAGUGUGGAGGCGGUGCAUGUGAGUGUGGGUCACGUGGAUGCAUGCGCUGAUGACUGCCUGCUCUUCGCCCUCACCCACUACGCACCCAUCGCCAUCGCCUUCAUGCAGGGCAGCAGCCAAUCAGACGGUGCGGCAUGGAAGACGCAUAUGCAGGGAUCAGAUAGUGAAAGCCGAUCAGGAUUGCAAGCCAGCACACAAGGUUCCACGGCCACGCACCCUGUCGUGCCCUCUGCACUGCCCUCAUCAGACGCGGCUCUCAUCCGCCUGCUCGCCCUGCACCGCCUCCUCUCCACCCCGCCCCCCCGCCUCCCUGACAUCGCCCUUGCCACCACUCCCUCUCUCUACCUCGGCCGCUUCCGCAUUUCCCCCCUCACUCUCUCCCUCACUCUCCGCAUCUCCUCCCCUCUCCCUCUCGACACCACCGCCACACCACUCUCACUCUCACCGCUCCACCUCCCACCUCUCCUGUCCCCACGCGCUGCCCUCGCGCGUGUGGUGGUGGCGCACUACAUAACGGAGGGGGUGCUGUGUGUGCCGCGCGUCAUCGCCUCGCACCACCUGCUGCUCAACCCGCUGGGCCUGCUGCACAGCGUGCGCGCCGCCUGCCGCGACCUGCUGCUGCUGCCCGUGCAGGGCUCGCUGCACGCGGGGCCGCACGGGCUGCUGCUGGGUGUGGGGCGCGGCGGGCUGGCAGCGUGGCGCCACGUGUCGCAGUGGACCGUGGCGUCGCUCUUCGGCUUCUCCUCCAGUGUCGGCCGGCUCGUCAGGCAGGCUUAUCUUGGAGAACGGGGAGGUGGAAGCAGAGGCUUGGUAGGGGAGGGGGGGCAUAGAAGCGGCAGUGGUGGUGCACAUGGGAACAGAAGAGGUGUGGCUGGUGGUCGUGGUAACCAGCGUGUGACAGUUGGCGGUGGUGCUGCUGCUGCAAUGGGCAGCAGUGGCGGAGGAAGAGGCGGUGGGGGGGUGCAUGGCGGUAUGGGGCUGUCUGUGGGGCACCACCGCAUGCGACUGACACUCUCACUCGCGCACAGGCCUCGCCUUCCCCACCACUACCGCCACUCCCAUCGCCACUCGCUGCAUGAGCGGGAGCACCAGCCAGAAAGCACUUAUGAAGGCACAGGCAGGUGGGGCCACAGCAAGAGUGAUGGCGGGGAGGAGAGGCGGCAGAACGGGCAGGCUGCAGCGCAGCAUGCGACGGGGACGGGGUCCACGGGGCCUCGUUCUGUUGGCGGUGCAACAGGGGCACAUGGCGCAGAGGCAGAGGGGAGAGCAGCGCCACUUGCUACUGAGGGCAGGGGGGCCCAUGGUGGCGUGCCUGCCACCUGCACUGGGGGCAGCAGGGAUGGCAGUGCUUCUCGUAGGGAGGGUCCAGGCAGAGAGGGUGACGGGUGGCAGGUGUCGCUGGUGUGGCAGGUGCAGCAGAGGGGCGUGCGCUGUGCUGCCAGCCGCUUCAUGCCUCCUCUGUGGCCACCGCGCCCCCAAGCAUUCUACCUCACGCAUGUGGACGCCAGCACGGCAGUCAUCACCACCACCAGCACCGACAUCCCGCCUCUGCUGCUCCGUCACCCACUGCUCCUCCUCACUGCCACCCACCUCCUCGCCGUUGACCAAUCAGGGCUCGGCAUGGCCGCAUGCCUCCCGCUGUGUGGGCUGGAAGUGAGCGUGGAGAGAGGGGAGGAAGGGGGAGUGGAGGAAGGGGGAGGGGAGGAACUGGAAAGGGGAGGGGGGAAGGGAGAGGUGGAGGAGGGAGGUAUUGCUGAGGAGGGCGAGGGAGAAUGGUCGCUGACAUGCUUUUGUGGCAGGGGUGGUCGGCUGUGUGGCAGUGUGAGUGAUUGGUGGCACACACUGCCACACCACCCCACCCAGAGAAAGCCCACUGGCACUCUGGAUGAUAGCAGCAGUGAGAGGCGAGGGCGUGACGAGGGCAGUAGCAUGGCAGAGGGUGUGAUGGGUGGGAGAGGGGGAGGCGGGGAGGCAGACGCUGUGAGAACAGCGGAGGUGCAAGGGGGAGGGGAGCACGCAGACUUGACGAUAGGCUUUCAGGUGUACUGCCAGGUGGGAGAGGCAGCACACAUCCAGCUCGUGCCUCUGCUGCUCAGACAGGUGGCUCGCUCUGCUGCCUGUUGA